CACAGCAGCCAGCAGUCAUUCGAAUUCCCAUUGUCCGACUAGAUAGGCGCGUGAAUGAUUACAGAUGAGCAAAGCGCUGGGUGCCAAUGUCAAAUGCUGUGAGACGGACAUGUGCGAGCCAAGCCAGGAAGAUGUGAAGCUUUACAAGCGACAGGCGGACGGGAAGGCAAUGCAGAACGUGAAGAAGGGCAAACCCCAAGCGAUGGCCAGAACCGGAGAGCUGAAGGUGUUCAAGGGUGGGACCGACGGAGGCUUCUCCAACCUGAGGAAGCAAAAAUCUCUGACGAACCUCUCCUUCCUGACCGACGCCGAGAAGAAGAUGCAUCUGUAUGAGCCGAGGUGGUGCGAUGACAUGGCCAAGCCAGCUCACGCGUUUGGGAAAGGAGGGCUGAAAUACAGAGACGCUCCCAUGUCUAAAUCUCUGUCCAAAUCGGAGCAUUCGCUGUUUCAGAGCAAACUGGCUCCCAGCAUGAACAAGCCUCUGGCAGCACAAACACCCACCACACACAGUGGGAAACCCAGCCGCAUCCCCAGAGGACCCUGGGCUGAAGUCAAACCUCUCAGUAAAACCACCGAAGCCAGCGUAGGGGACGCGAGCAAGUCCGACGAUGAAAUUCUGUCCAGCAAGGCAAAGGCUAGUAAAAAGCAAACUCAGGCGACAGAGAAGGGGCAGCAGCAGCCAGAGGAAAAGACUUAUUUAAAGGUGGAUCCUGAGCUUGUUGUGACAGUGCUGGGGGACCUAGAACAGCUUCUGUUUAGUCAAAUGCUCGAUCCAGAGACACAACGAAAGAGAACUGUUCAGAAUAUAGUCGAUCUUCGACAGAACCUGGAAGACACCAUGUCGAGUCUGAGGGGAUCCCAGAUAACCCAUAGUGUUUUAGAAUCGACCUUCGAAAGCGAUAUAUCCGCUGAGCUGAACGGCAGAGGGCGUGGCACAAGUUUGUCCAACAGAUCGUCACCGCUGUCCUGGAGGUACGGCCAAGCAAGUCCGCGGCUUCAGGCGGGCGACGCACCCUCUGUGGGCAGCGGCUGCCAAUCUGGAGGAAAUUCCGGCUGGUUUGUCCGUGGGGACACCUCUCACUACUCGCACACCAUGCCCAUGCGGAGCUCCAGCAAAUCGUGUAACAUUGCUCAUCUGGACUUGGAUUCCCUGGACACUGAUGAUGUGGACCUGAAAUCCAUCAGUGGUGAUAUGUCCGGCUACAUGAGUGACAGCGAUUUGAUUGGCAAGACAAUGAAUGAUGACGAUAUCACCACUGGCUGGGACGAGAGCAGUUCUGUGAGCAGUGGGCUCAGCGAUACCUCUGAUAACCUCAGCUCCGAAGACUUGAACGCCAGCUCAUCCCUCAACUCCUAUCCUUCUACACCUGUUGCCUCCAGGAGAAAUUCCGGGAUUGUGCUCCGGACCGACGCAGAAAAGCGUUCCAUGGUUGAGAGCGGCCUGACCUGGUACGGUGGAUCGGAGGGCAAGGGUCAAAAGAAGGCCGAGAGCGGCUACGAUGCCAGUAACGUCAAGAUGGAUCAAAACACAAAGUGGAGACGCAUCCGGACCGAGCCAGCAGAUGAAAUAUCGAAAGAAGUAAAGAAACCGCAGACUAUCGGGCAAAUAGGUUCAGUGAAGAAGAGCACGGCACCAGUGGGCAUUACUUCCCCAAUGACCAGCUCCGGAGCGAGCUCUCUGAAAGUAGCCGCUAAAACUGAGGCGAAAGCCCAAGACAAGAACAAGUUGGCUCUCAAAGGAUCAGGCUUGCAGCGGUCUUCGUCUGAUGCGGGUAGGGAGAGGAUUGGAGAGGCGCGUAAACCUCCAUCGGGCAUUUCUAGACCCGCCACAGCUGGCUCUUUUGGCUACAAGAAGCCGACUACUGGCACAGCAACUGUGGUGACUGUCGGAGGAAACUGUGGGUCGACGACAAAAGUUCAGAAGUCCACAGGUAUUCCCGUCAAACCCAACUCCAGAAAAACUAGCCUGGACGUUUCUCAAAGCCAAGAUGGUUUUAUGUCUGCAGGAGCAAGGACGAACGUGCAGUACCGUAGCUUGCCACGUCCGGCCAAAUCCAGCUCCGUCACCAUCACAGGCCGAGGAAUGGGCAACAGACCCGUCAGCAGUAACAUAGACCCGAGUCUCAUCAGCAGCAAGCAUGGGGGCAUCCCUGUUUCCCGACUGAAAGAACCCUCAAAGAUAGGCAUGGGAAGGCCAAGCUCAGGGCCGGUGAAUCAGACUGACCGAGAGAAGGAGAAAGCCAAAGCCAAGGCAGUAGCUUCUGACUCUGAAUGUACAACCGUAUCGAGUUCGACAAAAAGCAUCUCGACUGCGGAAGGGAGCAGCAAAUUGCAAGGAAUGCGGCAGCAAGGUUCCAAGCUCUCUGAGAUCUCAUCCCCAACGGCGCACAGAGUGAUGAGUUCUAAAGGAAUCGGCAAACCGCCCGCAUUGGCCAACAUUGACAAAAUCAACUCUAACAGCCUGGAUUCUCCAGUCUCGGCCACCGGAUCGGUCACCAGCAGCAUCGGCAGCGACACCUUCCACAAGCUCUCCGAAGCCCAGACAGCUGUGAGUGGUGUGACUCCCUGCCUCACCCCAAGCCCUGCCCCGGUCCUUAAUGUAAACUCGGGGAGUUUCAACCAAGGGCUGGGAAUGGUGAGCAAUUUCAUGAGGGGCAAGGAGACGCUGAUGUACCCGAAGCUGAGCAGCCUGCACACGAGCAUGGAGUCUUUAGACCUGCCACUCAGCGUCCCGUGCUCCUUCUCCGGGAGCAGCACGCUAUCACGGGAAUCACGGGAAGAGAUUCCAAGUGGGCUGACAUGGACUGGGAGCUCUAGAUUCUCGCAGAUGGAGAGUGCACAUCGCGACAGAAAUACUCUGCCGAAAAAGGGACUCAGAUAUGGAACAAGUUUGCAACCGGAAGACACGAAGGAAUGGUUCCACGCACGUUCUAUUGGAGCUCCUGUGGAUGCCGAGAGCCAGUUACUAGCUUCCCCUUCCACUAUUCCGUUGUCAAAUUUAGCGAGUCCCACCGCAGCCUCCCAGCUCAACAGCCCGACUCCAAAAAUUAUGCGGUCAAACAGCAUCCCGACCCACGACUCCUCUUUCGACCUGUACGGAAGCUUGCAGCUGGGCAGCACCAUGUCUCUGGUAGAGAGACCGAAAGGAAUGAUCCGCUCGGGUUCCUUUCGAGACCCCGUUGAUGACGUUCAUGGCUCGGUUCUGUCGUUGGCCUCCACCACGUCAUCGGUUCAUUCAGCAAGCGAAGACAAGAUCCAGACAGAGCACAUUCGCAAGCUCCGCAGAGAACUCGAGUCCUCACACGACAAGGUUUCUGCCCUUACAUCACAGCUGUCUACUAAUGCUCAUCUCGUGGCAGCCUUUGAGCAGAGUUUGACCAAUAUGACCUCUCGUCUGCAGAACCUUGCUGUGACGGCAGAGCAAAAGGAUACAGAGUUAGUUGAACUGAAAGACACAAUCGACAUGUUGCACAAAAAGAAUGCAGAGGCUCAGGCUGUCAUACAGGGAGCACUGAAUACCCAAGACCUAACACCGAAAGAAUUGCGUAUAAAGAGACAGAAUUCAUCAGACAGUAUAUCCAGCCUCAACAGCAUAACCAGCCAUUCUAGCAUUGGAAGUGGGAAAGAUGCUGAUGCCAAAAAGAAGAAAAAGAAAAGCUGGGUUUUCGAGCUGAGGAGCUCAUUUAAGCAAGCCUUUACCCUCAAAAAGACUCCAAAAUCAGCGUCCUCUUAUUCCGACAUUGAGGAGAUAGCAACACCUGACUCUUCCGUUCCCUCGUCGCCGAAAAUGCAGCGUGAAGAUCCUGAGUCACCAUCUCCCUCCAUGAAGCCUUCACUCUCAUCAUCUGGCAGUGUCUACAACUGCAAUGAUCCGGAGAAGGACGUGUCCAAUUUGCGGAGCGAGUUGUGGGAGAAGGAAAGGAAAUUAACCGAUAUCCGUCUGGAAGCUCUGAAUUCCGCUCACCAGCUGGAGCAUUUACGAGAAGCGAUGCACAACAUGCAGGUGGAAAUUGAAGCCCUAAAACUGGAAAAUGACCGUCUCAAAUCAGAGACAGAUAAUGGAACUGGGUCGGUUCUGAGCACAUCUUCAGCCACAUCCUCACCUCGGCGAUCAUUAGGACUUUCCCUGGCUCAUUCGUUCAGCCUUAGCCUUACAGACUCCGUUGACACAGAAUUGACCCAAAUGGACGGGGUGACCGGCUUCUCCCAGAAAGAAGAAAGAAAUGUCAGAAUUGUUGUCCUUCUGACCGAAGAGCAGAUUUGUAAUGAGACCACAAAGCAACAAGAGUUUUUCAUUGGCUCCAUCAAAAUAAAUGGGACAACCGACUGGAUGAUGUUGGAUGGAGUUAUCUGUCAGCUGUUUAAGGAUUACAUUACAAAAGUGGACCCUGUCUCUUGUCUGGGGUUAAGCACGGAUGCGAUCUACAGCUAUAGCGUUGGUCACGUAAAACGAGUGUUUGGAACUGAUGCACCAGAUCUGCUUCCUUAUCGAUACCUGUCGAAAGAUGUGACAUAUUUCUCCAUAACCUUGAAAGGAUUAAAAGAGAAAAGUGUGGACAGUUUGGUUUUCGAAAGCUUGAUUCCAAAACCAAUGAUGCAGCACUACAUCAGUCUCCUGCUCAAACACCGGAGGCUCAUCUUGUCUGGCCCCAGUGGGACUGGGAAGUCCUACCUAUCUAUUCGUUUGGCCGAAUACUUGGUUCAGAGAUCAGGUCGAGAGAUUAAUGAUGGAAUAAUUGUAACAUUCAAUAUGGAUACACACUCAUGCAAGGACUUGCAGUUGUACCUGUCUAACCUGGCUAAUCAAAUUGACCGAGAAACGAGUACAGGCAACGUGCCAUUAAUUAUAAUCCUUGAUGACCUGAGUGAUGCUGGGCCUCUCAGUGAGCUGGUCAAUGGUGCCCUCACAUGCAAAUAUCAUAAAUGCCCAUAUAUCAUGGGAACCACUAACCAGCCUGUCAAAACCACGCCGAAUCAUGGUCUACACCUCAGCUUCAGGUUGGUCCCAUUUUCUAACAACGCAGAGCCAGCAAAUGGAUUCCUCAAUCGUUACCUGCAGCGCAAGUUGAUUGAAUCGGAAAACGACGCAAACGCAAACAACAGUGAACUCCUCGAUGUUCUCAAUUGGGUGCCCAAGUUGUGGUACCAUCUACACACAUUCCUGGAUAUGCACAGUACUUCUGAUUUCCUUAUUGGUCCUUGUUUUUUCCUGUCCUCUCCGGUCAAUGUGGCUGAGUUUAGGGAGUGGUUCAUUGACCUGUGGAAUUAUUCAAUUCUCCCUUAUCUUCAGGAAGGUGUUAAAGAUGGGAUCAAGACAUACGGCAAAAAAGCGAUGUGGGAAGACCCUUCCAAGUGGGUAAAAGAUACACUGCCUUGGUCAACAGCUUUGCAGGACCGGUCCAAGAUCUUCCAUUUACCUCCUCAGAAUACAGGGUCACAAGUCACAGGUCCCCCUACAGACACAAGAAAGGUCAAAGAGACAGCACCUAGUUCACUCGAAUCAGACCCUCUGAUGACUAUGCUACUGAGGCUCCAGGAAGCAGCCAAUUAUACACAAAGCUGUGAAGGAGACAACAUCCUUGAUUCAUCUCUGCAAUCAACUCUUUGAAAGAGCACAGCAACAUGCACAUGCACACACAUCAAGGAAUACAGGAGCCAUUUCUUGUUUUUAGUCAUGUCACAACUGCAAUUUGGAUUAUAUUGUCCUGAAACAGAAGUGUAUUCUGUGCUAGAAAUUAGUUAGGUAGAGGGCUAAACUAAGUGAUCACUGAAAUUUGUAGAUUAAUGGCCCAAAUUCAUAUGUAAGUUAACUGUGAUCAUUACUGUAAAGCAUUAUAACUUAGCCAUCGAAGAAAAAAAAAGAGCCCGUUGAAUUAUAUGGACUGUUAAUGCUGUAUUUGUACUUUGAUUCAAUCUACAAAAGUGCAUGGCAAUCAUUUAAGCAGAAACAAAUACGAUUUUAGGGAUCUCUAUUAAAGGUUUAACUCCUAAUCUACUACUCACGUAAAUAUAGGAAUUAUCGCUGUUCCACUUCUGCUGUGUUCUCAGAUGUCACUGGUGCUGACUGAAGUUCUCUCUGCCGCUCUGCAGUUUACGGUACACACCACACCAUUUGGUCCUCGCAAGCCUGUGUACAGAGAAGCACAGUUAAACGUGAUCUGUAGCAAGAGACCUGCUAAAAUCGCCGUGUCUGAAUGUCAAGUCAGGGCGGUUGCCGUUGGAAAUCACCGUGUUCCCACUAUUACGCGUUAAACUUCUAACCCUGCAUUGGACGUACGUUAUGGAAUGAUUGCUGGAAGCGAAACAUGCUGUGGUUUGAUCGUAAGGCAGAUUACGUUGAAACGGUAAUUCCUUUAAGUACACUGUUCCUCCAGACACAAGCUUGCUUUUCCACAUGUUAAUGGAAACUUUGUUUUAUUAAAAAGUCCAUUUUUGUAAAAAAAAAGUUGGAAAAAUACGUACGCUUUUUAACCCAGUUAAAAAAUCUUACUUUUGUCCUCUUUCCCCAGUUUAGUUUUCAACUUCUACUGUCAACCUUUCCCUAGAGAGAGGCCAGACUCGUUGUCAGACCUCCGCUGGUAUCUGUUGGUUACUAGUUAUUAGCUCCUGGAGUGGAGCAGCAUCAUUUGGCUUGCACAUUUUCUUGUCUUCUUUCAUACUAUUUUGCAGGAGAGCCGGGUAAGCCAAAGUGCUACAGCACGGGCCACCAACAGCAGAAUGACCAGUCCUUUCGCUGGUUCCAAUGCAUACGGUUAAACCUAACAAAGGAGCAAUUUUUCCUCAAAUGGAAAUUGUAUCUCUUCUUAUUCAAGUCGUCAUGUUUCAAGCGCUGUUAACCAGCAUUUUUUCUCUGACCGAGAAACUCCAAAUGUGGAUAUUUCCCUUCACAAUGUUUAGCAUGAUAUGAAAAUUCAGUAAAAAUGUCCCUUUCUCUCGCGUAAGUAACCGUCUUUCUUUCUCGCUUUCUUUGGAAUUAUUUUUGCUGAAUGGAUCAAGUUGCAUCAUGUUCCAUAGCAUUGACCUGUGGUGCCACGGUACUUAAAAGGGUUCCAGAGCCAAAGGCACAAGCUACAGCACAAUCUCAUUUUUGUAUUGAAGGCGAUGGCCAAAUUCACUCCUCAGCUGCUAUAUACCCUGCUGAACGGACAAUGUGCUUCAAGUAACAUGUAGGAGCUUUAUCAGUUAGAUUGCUAAUCAUUGUGAUUGUCUUACAACAAUUCUUGGUGGUGUUUGAUAACAAGCUGUGGUGGCCAUGUUUGGGGGUCACACUCAAAGGAAAAUUCCAGGCUCCUAAAAGGUUCCACAGGACUACACCUAUUACCCUUUAAUUUGUUUCUAACAUGUUUAUCUACAUUGUAAAAUUAAGUUUUACCGCAGCAGUUUUUUCACUAACUUAUUGUUCCAAAGCAAUAGAUGUCAUCCUUUGACUCCCAUUACCUCCGCUGGUCUAAUUGAGCUGACUGUUUCUGUACAUUUUCAGCCAGUGCACUGUCACUAAAUAUACUGAUUACAGCAAAGGCAGUUUUAUUACUGUAAGUUACCCCUAAUUCACUAAGAAGUCAAAAAGCACAAUUAAAUAUAAAACGUGUUCAAAGCUUUUAAGUGUU